AUGAGGCUCUUAAUUAUAAUAAAUAAUCUAAUAAUUUAUUUUAUUUUCAUUUCAGAAAUCGUUCAGCCAACUUGCGUGUUAGAAUCAGACUUCGGUUUCAAAAUAAACUGCGCUUUCAAGAAAUCCGGCCUCUUCAGGGUACGGAACUUAGGAGGGAUCAAAGCGCACGCUAGCUUAGGGUUCAGCCUCGGAGAUGAGUUGGGUUUCGAACAAUCCCUCACCAACUUGGAUCCGAGCAGGAGGAGAUCGGUCAACGUCAAGAAUGGAGCUCCUCCUAAUUUAGUAGCCGACACUUCCCGUCUGAACGCUAAGCAAGAGAAACGAGCCAAACAAAACCGCAUCAUGAUGCGGCCCGUGGCCCCGCCUCUCACGAGACCCGACCAGGCUGCGAUGGACAAACUGACCAGCCUCCAUCGCAGAGUAUCCACUAUGCAGCCGAUCGUUGUUCCUAAUCCGGCAGUCGAAACACCAACCAAUGUACCAACACAAACUAUGGCCAAACCGAUGCCCAUGGGAGUCCCACCAUUCAGGCCAUUGCCACCCAAAGAAGACACGCUCAAAGUACUUCCCAUCACUUCAUCGACGAGAAAGAACUACGCGCCCCUGCAAAUCCCCGAGUCCAAAGGCCCAGGAUUAGCUUACCAAAGUGAGAUUUACCCACAGUCGCACAAUCAAAUAUCAAAAAUGGUCUCACAAAUGACCGCCGUGCAGUACGCUCCGGUAGUCAAAAUCAAACCCACCCCAGUCAUGCUAGAUCCAUUCCACGGCGUCUCCACACUAAAAUCUAUUAACCCAUUCGUUCCGAUGCCCGCACCUACACAAGCACUGCCGAUAAUACCAUCACCGGCCACACACGCGCAAUCUGUCCACAAAACCAAUCCUGUUUCUAACUUUGUAGACCCGGUUCCCCACCAUGUCCACAAUAUCGCGAGCAGCUACGUUUAUAACACGAAAAAAGUUGACGACUACAACACCAUCACCGGCUACGGGGACGACACGGUCCUCAAGUUUAACAAAGAAGACAUCAACGCCAAGAUAGCGGAGAUAGCCAAAGUCGGGAACAUUUCAAUGGAAGCGGUGGAGGCCGCCAUAGCCCUGCGGCAGCAGCAGCUCCUGAACAAGUACGCGCACCUGCCGGCGCCAUCCACCACCAGUUCCACUACCACCACCACACAGCCACCGGUCGUGUUUCAGCCGGAACCAGAGAUUUUGACGGCGGCGUUACCACAGAAGCCACAAAGUACCAGACAGCCGACAAGUGGUAAGGUCAUGAACGCUCCCCGCGAGUACUACCCCGUCGGAUACGAGAAGAACUUCGACGAUCAUUUCCAGUCGAAGGUCGACCUCCCCGACACCAGCUUCCACUGCGGCGACCAGAAGUACUUCCCCGGCCUCUACGGCGAUGAGAGUCUUGGAUGUAUGGUGUUCCACGUCUGCGCCCUGACAGACGAUGGGCUCGUCAUGAAGUCCUUCCUCUGCCCCGAGUCCACGCUCUUCGACCAGACCAUCCUCAAGUGCAACUGGUGGUUCUACGUCGACUGCAAGAACACCAGGAAGUUGUACGACACCAACAUUCCAGUGUCCAAGAGCUAUCAGCUCAUGAAGGCCCUGACCUUCUUCUCUUCAUACAAGAAGGACAACAACAUGCAAGACGAUGGUCGCUCACCAAACCCUGAGGACGUGGACGGAAUUAAAGAAGCAAUUUCAAUCCUCGAAAAUCAAGACACCACUAAAACCGCACAAACUGAAACCAGCUCCGAUGGCCUUCACAUCAUCACCCCCCGGCCUUUAAUAGACGAGAGGAGCAACCGCGCCACUCCCCCUGCCCCCGUCUACAGGGGAGACAGGCAGCUCGGAAACACAACCCGCUCUGGUCAAAACUCCACGCACCCCCACAGCCAACCGGUCGCCGAUUCAAGCCAAGAGCCGAGACCGUUCUCCGCAGAAACCGACAGAGACAAGAAACACAGAAGGAGAAUGACCUUGAGAUUUAGUAAUUCCACUACAAGCACUAGAGCGCCCGCCGUUAGUAUCACGCCCGCCGUGGAAGUAAUCCAACAGGAGAUUCAGCCGAUCGAAAACCUGAGUCCGGUCCGGCGGGAGACACUGGCGGACCAGUUAGAGGCCGAUGCGAGAGUUCAAGAGACACCUCCAGUCAAAAGGGUCUACCGGUCCAGCGCUGAAAAGUACACGAAGGAGCCCACCGCCGCUAAACACGAGGAGUUACUGAUCGUCACACCGACGACCUUCAGACUUGUCGGGGAGGCGACACAAAAAGCGGCCAUAGAGAGUCUGGACAGGGCCGUGCUCGGGGGGAUCGCCGGGGGGACGGUUGGGGGGCGACGCUGGGGGGGCGGCACGUAGCCCCCGCCCCGCGGUCCCCCCACAGUGUCAUAGCAUACCUUGUUAACUUAUUUAUUAAAAUACGAGUCGCGUGUUUGCUCAAUUUUUUUUUUUCUAAUUAACUCUCCACGCGCGUUUUGCGACUUCCAAACUAAACAAGCUCACUUGACGUUUGCUUAAUAAACAAGGUCACUUAUGUUUAGGGAGUCGCAAAACGGCUUUAGUUCAUAACGAAACG